AUGCCAGUUUAUAAUAGAAUUUCGGAACGGAAUACAUACAUCAGUGUCAAGAUUCUCAGAGUAAGCCCAUCUCUUAAUACUAGUACAGAAGCAUAUGGUAUGCCAUCUAGUAGUGAUAAAUCUUUUCCUUCACCACUAUCUGCUGAUGUUUUGGUUAAAAAGCAUAGUGGAGGUGACAGCUGA